AUGCCUCAGAUCCGUUAUCUCGGAUGCAUCAUAGAUAAGGACGGACGCCAUCCUGACCCAGAGAAGAUUGAGGUCAUCCGCCAGAUGCCAGUACCGAAGAACGUGGCAGAGGUUCGCUCGUUCCUUGGUAUGAUCAACUACUAUGGAUCGUUUGUCGCAGAAAUGCGCCAGUUACGCGCACCGCUGGAUGCUUUGUUGAAGAAGAACGUUCCGUUCAAAUGGAAUGAGGAAUGUGAAACAGCCUUCAAUCGCGCCCUAGUCUGGAUAUAA